CUUUCAGUUUCGGCUGCUUGUUACGCAAUUCCAAAGUUUCCCAUGGUCAAACCUUACCCCGUCGUAGACCAAUCAGAGAUCUCCAUCAUGAUAACGUGUUUAGAUGCUGUGUUUAACUGACCAGUAUCUAGCCGCAAAUUUGGAUGCACACCCACUCAGCACACCUCGGUCGAAAACAUGAUAACCACCUCGGCCCCAGUGUUUUGAUUCUACCACGUUCAUUGUUCAUUAGGUUUAUUAUAUGCUUCAAACACUGCCGUGAUGCCUGCAGAGAUUUCAGACUUACCAAAUGAAGUUCUGUUGAUGAUCUUUUCUAACCUCUCCUUCUACGAUAUGGUCCAUUCCAUUAAGGCUGUUUGUUCUCGGUGGCGGGAUUUAGGAAAAAGACAAUGUCUCUGGACAACGAAUGGAGUCAUAGAUUGGGUGAAAGAAGCUUCAAACUUAGAGGACUUCUUACACAGAGUUAGAAUAAUAGGAAGAAAACUGGAUACUUUGUCGUAUGGUUGCAGUUCCUCACUUGCAGGAGACAUUGAAGAUCUCUAUUCAGUUCAGUAUGGAAGAUCAAACGAAAUUGAAGUUGAUAUUGAUGAUGAGGAUGCAGGUGAUGAUUUAGAUGGAUUUGAUAAACCACUUGUUUUCUUAAGACAGGACAUAAGAAUAAGAUGCCCCAAUAUAAAGACAAUCCAUGUGGUUCAAUCAGACAUAUCUCUGUCUAACUUCCUCCAGCUUACGGAGAAAUAUUCGUCGGUUACAGAAGUUGUGAUUGACCGGAACGUCGACUUAAACAUAUACAAUCCGGAAAGAUUUAUGCCUGCGUUGCGAAAAUUAGCUAAUCUGACCCAUCUCACUGUAAAGUGCGAUGAAAGAGACAACGAUCAAAUGGAUGGAAUAUGGGAGAGCGAUAGGUGGAAUGAAGAGUUGGAGAACCUGUUGAGGGGGCAUCCGAACCUUACAUACCUGGAUGUGUCCUUACCCGGACGUUGUGAACGAACAAUUGAAAGAAUUACUAAAACGUGUCAAAAGUUAAAGACUUUAAAAAUGAAUGGAGAAAUAAUAAUAUUGAAAGAUCUAGACAUACUGCCCAUGAAAAAAAUGCAACUCCUGGAAGAUCUGAGUCUGUAUGAUUUUAGAAUGAUGUCACGUGAUUUUAAAUCCAUCUUAACUGUUGCAUGUGCGGGUGGGCGGGUAGAAAAGCUUAAUCUAAUCGAAUGUUAUGAUGUAGCAGAGGCCACAUACCAGACAGUUAGUGAGCAAUGCCCACUUUUAAGACGAUUUGUUGGGAAGGAAGACAAGAAAUUUGUAACCGUGAAGAAAAAACUCGAUUUAAUGAAUGGACCAGAGAUGUACACAUUUAUAAAUGACAAUGCUCUUACGUAUUUGUCCACUUGCAGGCAUUUGCAGGAGAUCAGUAUUGGGGACUCGUGUGGAGUAGCAGUUACCGAUGAGGGUAUUCGAACACUCGCUCGAGGGUGUCCCCAACUCAAAUAUGCGAACUUUGAAGACUGCAUUGGUAUUACUGAUAUUAGUUUAAUGGAAGUUGCUCGACAUUGCCAGAAGAUGAGUGUUAUUAAUUUGAACUAUUGUCUCCAUACAACUGGAUUUGGAUUGAGCUGCCUUUUGUUAAACUGUCAAUUUCUUCAUGAUGUUAAAAUGUCUGGUUGUCACUCUUUGAAGAAAGUCAAUCUAUGCAAAGAUAAUCGAUUUCCAGACAUCCCGGUUGCAUCGUUGAAUCAAAGUGUACACAAUGAAACAAAACCUAAUGAGUGUAGAUGUGUAAAAUCAGUACUAGUGUUAAAGUCAGAUAUAUGCGAAGAGAUCAUGCGCAGUCACGGAGAAAUCAAAGCACUCUAUGGGAUUACAGAGGAAAGAAUUGUCCAAACCAGUAGGGAGAACAUACUUGAGGACUCUGUUGGAUUAGACUGUACUCAACUCGAACCAUUUAGAGUGUCGUCCGAUCACUCUUGGAUACAGGUGCUAGAGCUGUACAAUUGUGAAAGUCUCUGUGAUUCAGAUAUCAUAAAGAUUUGCAAGUAUUGUCCUGAAAUAAGAAGCCUCAAUGUUGGACGAAACAAAAAUUUAUCAGACACAAGCGUGCUUGCUGUUGCUAGAUAUUUAACAUUACUGACAACAUUGAAAAUAGUGGGGAUUGAUAGACUGACCAAUGAUUCACUGGCUGCUCUAGCAAAGACGGGAUUGAUUAAUUUGUCUUUGCAAGCGUGUCCGAAAAUGACGACGGCAGGUUUAGGAGAUUUUUUGACGACAAACAAAACUCUUAAGAAAAUUGAAGUCUGUCAAGAGGGAGAUAAUAUUGCUGAGGCGUUCAGGAGCAACAACAUUGAAAACCUGCUUGAGCGAAUCAGUACUGAAAAAGUUGCGUUUGUUUUGAUGAAAAAUCCAAGUGCCCAUUGGUUUAACAUUGAAGCAAGGCGUAAAUCUUAAGCUGAACCCGAAGCCAGUAUUGUGAACACACUUUCUGGGAUUAGCAGUGUAUAGCCCUAGAAAAUGAUGAAAAUCCAUCACACCCAGAUCUGACCAGAUCUUUAACAGAUCCAAAUGUUAUUUUGAGGAAGAUUACAGCAAAAGGAAAGAAGUUUGUGGAAAUACUAAUGAUAAAUCUCAAAUUUGCAAUACUGAAACAAUGAACAUUUAUUGAAAUGAAACAACUCAAAUUGGAUUUGAUCGUUCCAAUUUCUGUGACGUGUUUAAACAACAUAGUGUAUACAUGUACUGCAAACAAGAAAUCAAAACAUCCAGUUAAGAGAGCAUCCACCAAACCAGGAUUGAUAUCAAAAAGAUAAGGUGUUCUGCUUCAGACUGUACUCUACUGAAGCCAUUACGAUGAUACUCUUAUCACUCCUGUAUCCCAUUGCUAGAAUUGUUUUAUUG